GUCCUUAUAACAAGAGCGCUCCUCAUUAGCAGUUCUUUCCAACAGUGAGAGACCGUUGUCAUAUAAACAGGGUCAUGUGUGUGUUUGAGGAUGUUGAGUGUGUUUGAAUGAAGUUCUUGAGUAUCGGGACUCGAGUGUCUCAUCCACCGGCUCAUGCACUAUGACAAUAUAAUAUCUAACUCAAAUAUCAAUAUCAAAUAUUACAUUAUCAAAACUUUGCGGACUCGUUUUGAACGAAUCAGUUGAUGCUUCUAUGACUCGUACAUUAAGACGGUGAUUUGGCGUCCCCUAUUGGCGGUUUUAAUAUAAUAUUUAAAAAUAUAUAGUUUAUUAUAAUUUUUAAAUUUAUAGGCUAAUCAUUAAUCUCACAACAGUAUUUAUGGUGUUGUAAUUGCAGUGUGAAAAAAUGGUAGAACAUAGUUAGAAAAAAAUGCCCCUGGAAAUCCAUUUAAGGGGUCAAAUAUGGGCUCUUAAUGGGAAAGUUAACAUAUGCCGGUGAUAUUCCAUUAAAAUAUAUAAACAACGUUAAAUGUAUAAGGAGGGUAAUUUCUGAUGGAAAAAUAAAUAAGGUUGAGGCCAAUACAAAUUUAACUUUUUUACUUUUCAUAGAAGAAAAUUGCUUGAGAAAAAAGUGUUUAGUACAACUGCAGCAAACAUAUUUGCUAUAGGCUAAAUUGGUUAAAAUCGCUUUUCUUAAAACGUCAUUAUAGCUCCAUAAAAUUCAGUUUAAAAAUGUAUAAUAAUGAAUAAAUCAUAUUGUAAUUAUUUUAUAUAAAAUAUUAGUCACAAAUGAAUCCUUUUGCGCAAGUGAAGGGAAGAGUUUCUCUUGACCAAUCAGCGUUCAGAGCGGAGAUUUUACCUGAGCAGGAACACGAGCACCUGUGUGAAGAUCUCUGAAGCUCGUGUGUGUGUGAGGACACUCAGGACAGUCGUGCACCACUAUAAGUUUCGGGAAAACACACAGAUAAUGGAGACUAGCGGUGUUGUGUUUGUCUGUGUGACCUUCCUCAGUCUGUGUACAGGAGCGCGUGGCGGUAAAUAUGAUAUUUUUGCGCGCGUUGUGGAUCUGGUGUCUCCAGGCGAAGAGUUCCUCACAGAAGACGCGCUUCUCUCGGUGCUCGAGCGGCUGGAGAGGCGCGUGCACUGCUCCGGUGUGUCCUGCGGGAAGUGUCUGUCUGUCGAGCGUCUGCAGCAGAUAUUGAGGAACUCCAGCGGAUCUCAGGAGCUUCAGAUGCAGGACUUCUUCACGAUGGCUCCUGCGUUGUGUCUGUUCCUGAGCGCUCCGAUGGAGACCUGCAGGGCCGUACGAGAGGGACGCUGGGACACAGAGACACACCGGUUCAUCCAAACCAUCUCAGACCUCAACCACACCAGCCGGCCUCCUCACCAGGACGUCCCAGAACAUCAGGGUUUGGAAAAGCUGUUCCAUGAGAUGGAGAUACACUAUCAGCCCGACACACAUGAGUCGUGUCUCUCUCUGAAUGCUGUCCUGGACGAGAGCGGAGGUCCUCCCGUAGAGCUGGACGCUGUGUUGGGGAACGUCCUCUAUCAUGUCCUGCGUGGAGACUGUCUCAGAGCUCGUGUUCUUCCUCACAACGGAUACUUUCUGGAUUACAUCUUCAGCCAUUUUGGCUCUGAUAACCUCACGCUUCAUGAUUUUGAGGAGCUUCUGAAGAUGCUAAAUCUGGGUGGAGAAGAAGACGAUCACGAUGAUGUCCACCUCGAGCCUCAUCAGGAGGAUCACCAUAAGAACAGCAGCUGGGAUACAACGUGUUUCAGCGCUGAAGACCUGCUGAGGAUCUACCAGCUGAACUCUUCAUCGCUGACCAGAGAUCAGUUCACACAGCUCAGUCCUGCUCUGAUCCAGCAGAUCCUCAGCGGAGGCUGUUCUGAGAUCAGUGACACACACGCGACCGCUGAUUCUCUGAGCGCAGCCGAGAGAUAUGGAUACGCCACCCUCGCCAACAUCCUCAUCUGCCUGAUGGCCAUGUUUGGGCUGGUGGUGCUGCUGUUCUCCAGGUGUACGCAGGUGUUCCAGAUGUGCAUCCAGUUCUGCAUCAGCCUGGCUGUGGGAUCCCUCACAGGAGACGCUCUUCUGCAUCUGCUUCCCUCGUUUUUAGGUCUUCAUGCACAUAAAGAUGGACACGGGCAUGAGGAGGAGAACCUCGACUACGUUUAUAAACUCCUGGUGGUCGUUGGCGGCAUCUAUGUCUUCUAUCUGAUGGAAGCCGUAUUCUCCAUCAUCACUCGACACGGUCGUCAUCAUGAUGGAGAGUCCGACCCUCAUCACUGCGAUCACAGUAAAGUUCUGCAGAUGUUCCAGAGCAGCAGACGCAACAACAGCUCCACCUCACAGGACGAGCUGGUGAACCAGCAAAACAACGAGAAGUCCUUCCUGGAGCCGUUCAGCAGCGCACGAGGUCAGUUCAUGCCUAAUGCUCAGUUAAUAAUCAGCGAGGAGCUCUGA